UUUCAUUGCUUCAGCAUAAAGGUUGCUGUCAUCCUUUUAACCACACACAAAAUGAGGAUUUAGGAUUUAUUUAUAUUAGAAGAAUUGUAAAAAUUAAACUUCGAGUUUCAUGUUGAAUAAAAAUCUAAUUUCCCAAAAAAGGAAAAAAUUCAUUGACAUUUUUGCAAGUUAUGCAGUCCAUUUCUUUUGGGCAGGAAAGAAAAUCAAUAUCUCCAAGUAAAUUUACAAGACUCAUGUUGAUACAAAGAAUCUCUCUCUCUCUCUCCACAUUUAACCAACUCUCUUUUCAUUUCCAUUUGGAGAAUUCAAGGAAACCGCCGAUUUCAUAGAAUGGAAAUCUUGAGUUUGGUGUUUGGAGUGAUAGGCAACGUGAUCUCAGUGCUCAUGUUUCUUUCUCCAGCAAGAACUUUUUGGAGAAUUGUAAAGCGAAAAUCCACUGAGGACUUUGACAGUCUUCCUUAUAUCUGCACAUUACUAAAUGCAGCCUUAUGGACCUACUAUGGCAUCAUCAAACCAGGAGCCUUCCUUGUAGCUACUGUUAAUGGUUUUGGAAUCCUGGUGGAAAUCGUAUACGUAACUCUCUUCCUUGUAUAUGCACCACCAAAAAUGAGGGCUAAGACAAGUAUUCUGGUUGGGAUCUUGGAUGUGGGGUUCUUAGCAGCAGCAGUUCUGGUUACUGGCUUGGCGUUGCAUGGACAAGUGCGGAUUAAUGUGACAGGGUUCAUGUGUUCUGGUCUCAAUAUUCUUAUGUAUGGUUCGCCUCUAGCUGCUAUGAAAACAGUGAUUAGCAGUAAGAGUGUGGAGUACAUGCCGUUCCUGCUCUCCUUCUUCCUUUUCUUGAAUGGAGGGAUUUGGAGCUUGUAUGCUUUUCUCACAAGUGAUUAUUUUCUUGGGGUACCAAAUGGAGCUGGAUUUUUACUUGGGGCAGCACAGCUAGUGCUCUAUGCAAUUUACAGGAAUGGCAGUAACAUUUCUGAUGGGCUGGAAGAAGGGUGGCAAUAUCAGACCCUUAUCUCAUCAUCUUCAUCCCAACAAUCCCAUGAAAUUAAUAAUUAAGGAAGAGGAAAAAGCUAUCAGAACUCAUCUUUCAUUUCUUUUUAUCUUUUCCACCAAAUGAGUAUAGGCCUGGGGAAGACGUUAUUGAAGAGAACAUGAAAUAUGCAUCAAUGGCAUGUCUGAAUUGUUUCUUUCUAGUUAGCAGAAGGUGAAGUUUAUCUUUAAUUUCUGGCUGAUCAAAUUUGUUCACUAUCAUGGGAAAGGCCUUCCUGGAUGAUAUCCCAAGUUGAAAUUUCACCAUUUUCA